GGCGCAAGUGAAGACACUGAGUGACCUACAAACAAGCUUAACUAUCUUAACUUCACCCACGCUGCAGUUUAACGCCGCAGCAGCCCCUGAAGGAGCCACGCUACUCGCUCUGCCGCCUCCCCUCCCCUCCCAAACGAGACACAUAGAGCAGAAGGAGGAGGAGGGGUUGUCUGGACAUCAUUAUGAGGAUACACAAACUGUCUUAGAAGCAGAGAAGGGUCAGCCCAAAAGGCACCCUGAGGUGGAGGUACAGUAGGAGAGUCAUGGUCACUCUGUGGAGGUGUGAUUAGUUUGAAUCAGCAGCUCUGGCAGGCAGACGGGUGAGAGGAGGGGACCAGUCUGAGUUUCUACUGGGUGCACUGGACAUGGUGAUUAACUGAAAAUUGCUCCGCUUGAUUUAAAGAGAAAACUGAGAGCGAAGAGACAAAAGAAGUACAACAAUAAAGCCAAGAAAUAAAAGAAAAUCCAAGAUUGAGAAAUGGAUAAACAAGACAAGGGGGAUGGUAUAGUAGAAGGAGGAGGAGGGGGGCAGACGAAAGAAAAGCAGAAAGCUGAGGACGUUGGUGAUGAAGAUAAGCGGACCAAAGACAAGCACAACAAGCUGGAGAAGGAGAGCAGUGAGAAGGAGCCGAGCAGAGAGGCCAAAAGGGAGAACCGCCGCGGUCAGUGCAGGAGUGGCUGGGCUCUGACUGAACGCCUGGCCAUCAACGUGUCAGGGAUGCGUUACGAGACCCAGCUCCGAACCCUCGCCCAGUUCCCAGACUCCCUGCUGGGUGACCCCCAGCGUCGUCUUCGCUACUUUGACCCUCUGCGGAACGAACUCUUCCUGGACAGGAGCCGUGCCUGCUUCGAUGCCAUCCUAUACUUCUAUCAGUCAGGUGGGAGGCUGCGGAGGCCCGCCAACGUCCCUCUGGACAUGUUCCUGGAGGAGCUGCGCUUCUACGAACUGGGAGAGGAGACCAUCGACCGGUACAAAGGGGAUGAAGGAUUCCCCAAGGAGGAGGAGAGGCCCUUACCUGCCAAUGACCUGCAGCGUCGCCUCUGGAUGCUGUUUGAGUAUCCAGAGUCGUCCGGUGGUGCUCGGAUCAUCGCCAUCAUCAGCGUCAUGGUCAUUGUGAUCUCCAUUCUCAUCUUCUGCCUGGAGACUCUGCCUGAGUUCAGGAAUGAGAAGGAACAGAGGGAGCAAUUCACCACCAUACCUCACCCCACCAUAGCGAAUGAAACCAUCACAAUCCCACCUGGCACCCCCUUCCAGGACCCCUUCUUCAUCGUAGAGACGAUCUGCAUCUGCUGGUUCUCCUUUGAACUCAUCGUGCGCUUCACCUGCGCUCCAAGCAAGAUACACUUCUUCAAAGACGUCAUGAACACCAUCGACUUCUUCGCCAUCAUUCCCUAUUUCGUCACACUGGGCACUGAGCUGGCCAAGGACAAAGGGGCGCAGCAAUCCGUGUCCCUGGCCCUUAUCAGGGUCAUCAGGCUGGUGAGGGUCUUCAGGAUCUUCAAGCUCUCUCGUCACUCCAAGGGCCUCCAGAUCCUGGGCCAGACGCUGAAGGCCAGCCUCAGGGAGCUUGCCCUGCUCAUCUUCUUCCUCUUCAUCGGAGUCAUACUCUUUUCUAGUGCCGCCUACUUUGCCGAGGUGGACAGUCCUAACACAGCGUUCACCAGCAUCCCUGAGGCGUUCUGGUGGGCUGUGGUAUCCAUGACGACAGUCGGCUAUGGGGACAUGUACCCGGAGACAGUCGGGGGAAAGCUGGUGGGCUCCAUGUGCGCCAUCGCCGGCGUGCUCACCAUCUCUUUGCCAGUGCCUGUCAUCGUGUCCAAUUUCAGCUAUUUCUACCACCGUGAGAUGGAGUGUGAGGACACCACCCAGUACCACCAUGUCACCACGUCGCUCUGGGAAAAGGACGGAGAGGAUGAUGAAGAGGAGGAAGAUGAGGAGGGAGUGGACGAGGUUCCUGAAUACAUGGGAGAUUAUGCACCUCUGUACGGGCACAACAGCACGGGUAUCUGCCCUCCGCUCAAUGGGACUCUCCUGGCAGGGCUUUGUGCCGGACAGGCUGCUGGUGAUCAAAGAGGAAUAAACUUCUUCCUCAAAGAACCUCUGGUCACUCAGGUUUAACAGAGCAGGACGGACUGUUUUUUAGAUUAACACUAAACACCGCCUCUCAUCGAGAAAAGGAAAGUACCAUGAUGGAAAGACACUGUGGAUGGCAGACAGUAUGCUAUAUACACAAAGACUUACACUCACUGACAUACGCCCUAAUAUGUGCCUCUCAUGUGAUCAUGGUUUCUACAUUUGAGGCUUUUGCAUAAUUAUAUUUGACUGUUUUUCUCAAUAAAUAAAUAAAAGUGAAUCCAUCUGAAAAACCCUGCAGGUCCACUCACUGUUAUAUUAAAGACAUUUCUAGAUUCCUCAAAGAAUUGUCUCUCCAGCUCAAAUAAAACAUACUCCAUCUGUUGCACAAUAAAGUUAAUUUCUACUUUCCUAUGCUGUGACUGGUCCAGUGUGUAACAUUUAGGAGGAUUUACUGGCACAAAUGGAAUAUAAUAUUCAUAACUAUGUUUCCAUUAGUGCAUAAUCACCUGAAUAUGAGAAUCAUUGUGUUUUCGUUACAUAAGAAUGAGCCGUUCUUAUCUACAGAUGCCGUCAAUGGAGUCCACCAUGUCGAACAGUAGCCCAGAAUAGACAAACCCUGGCGGUAGAUAGGGCCUUUCGCAGCCACUGUCUCCUACACAUCUGGCGGCCUGUUCUCGUUCACACGUCUGGUCACACAGCUGGUUUACGAUCUGUAAUUUCACCACUAGAUGCCACUAAAUCCUACACACUGUACCUUUAAAACACAGAAAUAUGGCAGCAAGAAAUGACAUUUUGUGCCUUCUUGCUCGUUUUGGGCAAAAAUAAGAUUAAUAUAGACAAAGUAAUGCGUAAUAAAAGUUUCAGCUAACGCUUCAUUUUAUGGGUCCAUAAUUUCCAUUUACUUAAUUAUUUUGAGGAAAGUUUCCUGGAAAUUACUAUUCAAAUUGAUACUAAUAAUCAGUUUAAAUUACAAACUUUAUUCUCCCUGUAGGUAAACUUAUAUGCUUGCCUACAUAUUCUCACGUUCAGUUGAGACGCUGAGCACAGAGAGUCUAGGUUACACUAUUGGAAUUCAUUUGCUGGAAGUGUGCCAGUUCAACACUCUAUCUCCCUAUAAGUAAUACCAAACUAUAUAUACAUUUCAAUGAAACUUCCUAGAAAAUUAUUAUAAAAUGAUAAAUAACAGAUUGUAUUACCAAGUGAGGUUCCAGCCACCAUCUUUGUUUGGCAAAAUAAAAGGGGAAAACAGGUUAAAAAAUCUUCUUUACUGUGCUGCAAAUAGAAAUAGAGGAAUCUUUGAAUAACAUUUUUGCUCAUCUUACUCAAAUGUAAAAAGGAGAAACGAGAGGCACAAACUGGGGCAACAUUGACAUCAAAACUCAAUAUAAACAACAAAGAGAAUGGAUGAUCCACCAGCAAUACAGAGACAGAUAUUCCAGAGACAUACAGCAUUUGUAUAAUCCCUGUAAUGACUGUUUGCCGAUGUCAGUGUUGUAAUGUGACAAUGAAAAUGACUGAAGUGUUGCAUGCUGUUAAAACUAAAUGUGAUUGUUGCAGGUGUUGAUUUCCUUCACUUGUCAGAGUUAUGGCAGAAAUGUGUCGCUGUGAUCAUGUGCUGACGCGGGCAACAAAGAGAUCGCUCAUCGACUGGGGGUGGUGCAGACAUGUUCAUGUAGUUGCUCCAGAGUCAGUUUGUAUGUUACAUAGCUACAUAGUGUAACAGAUACAGCCUGGAAAACAUGUAUGGAGAAAGUUGAUAUCAGGUCAGAGACGGUAUAGCUCAGGGCCAGCUGACAUUUCUGUCCCAGUGGUGAGACCAAAGUACAGAGCCCUGUGACUGAAGCAAAGUCCUCUGACAGUCUGAGGCGACACCACUGUAAAUGUUUUAAACUCUUUGGGAAGUUUUUCUUAUCCAAAGCAAGGGUCUGAGGAUAGAAGGUGUUGUUUGCAGACUGUAAAGCCCCACGAGGCAAAUCUGUGAUUUGUGGUAUUAGAAAUUGACUAGAUUAAAGUGAUAUCGAACCCUUGUCUUUUGAGUAUCAAAUGUUCGCCAUCUGUAGGUUUGAAAGGUGGCUAUAAAUGGUUUGUAGUUUCCUCUUAAUGGAGAAAGCAGCCGUGGUCAGCUUGAAUGGAGCGUAUACUACUGGCUCAUUCAACAGCUGUUUGACUACCAGCUGACUAUCAGUGUCGAAUCAGAUUCAUGCAGAGCUGCAGCCCAGCCAGCUUCUCACACUUCUCUGUUAAUUUAAUAUGCCUUUACCACCCAUACCUGCUCCUUAUGUGUUAUGUUUUUCAUAUUUCUGAUUUCACUACAAAUUCAUGUUCAUGUAUGUGUUUAUUGGAUUAGUUCUUCCAUCAGAGUCCUCACUGAGGAUUCUGUGAGAGCUCCUUCAAUGGGCAGAGACUUUUUUUAUUGCCAAACUGUGUAACUAUUUGCUAUAAAUGGCAUAUUCUUUGAUGUAUUUGUCUCCGACUGAAGUGUUGCAGCAAAUUCCAAUUGUGACAAGAUUUUACUGCAGAAGUCCUUGAACUGUUCAUGGAAAGUCUAAUUUUUAGACCAGUUCUGUGAUGCAAUCCUCCUGCCUCCAUCUGUAUGCACAUUAUGUUCCUAACAGAAUAUAUCACGGUAAAAAGAGACGAUACAGAUUUGUCAACCACUAUAAGGUUUCUAUUGAGACAGCCACCAUUUAAUAUCUCUAGAGUUGCAGACAAAGAUUUUUGGCCAGGUGUUUCAUUCAAUGGGUUGUGUGUUUCAUAAUUCCAGCAGGAGGUCAGUAGCACAAUGUGAAAGAUAUGUAUCUAGACAUAUUUUGUAAAAACCCCAAGGUAUUUGAUGGAUACUGACAAUAUGGAUAAUCAACAGAGAAAUUUGUUAUAUUUGAGUGUUUUUAGGGAGAUUUUUUUAAUCAAUUCUUGUCACCAUUGUAGGUUACACAAAUUCAAGCUGACUGCAGCCAUUGAGGAGCAUUUUCAAGCCUAAAGGUUAGUUAAAUUUCUAAUUCUCAAAAAAAAAGGAUUUUGUAUAUAGUUUUAUCUUUACAAAAUGUGAUGAUAAGAUGAUAACAUACUUUUCUAAGUUGUUUUGACUGUGUGAACGUAGUGUGACAUGCACAUAUUCUAAGGACAGAUGUAUAUAUACACAUAUAUUUAUAUAUGUCUCACUUUAUUUAAUAAAGAUCAUAUUUAAUCACUCA